UUCUCCUCUUCAGUUUGAGGGGAUGAAAACGACGACGCUUUAGAAGAGAAUGACGAUGCCCUAGAAGUCUUCUGGUCUUUCCGAUUUUUGUCCGACAUAGUGAGCGCUCGCUGCGUGCCACUGACAGUUAGAGUCUCAAACCUUUUGAACGGAAGUAGAUGUACGGUAGCUAUUUGUGAAAAUGAAUAUUGUGAUAGCGAAGGUCCUGUCCAUUCUGGGCCUGUUUUUUCCGACCCUAUUGUUUACCGUCUUGCCAAUUCGUUUGACUUCAUGGUCAACGAGCGGUGGACGGUGGAGGCGAGCCUCAAUAAGUCUCGCUAGUUGCUUGUCGGGAGGCAUCUUCCUGGGAGUGGCGCUCCUCCACCUAAUACCUGAUGUUCGGGAAAUGUUCGACUACGUGCUGUGUAAGAAAGACCUUGAAAUCCACUACCCGCUCACCGAGCUGACUGUCGCUGGUGGAUUUCUGCUCAUUCUCGUGUUUGAGCAGCUGGUGCUGUUGUUUCAUCAGCGGAGGCCCACAUCAGAGUGCCACAUUGCGAACGUUCCGCCACAUGGAUGUGACCGGGAGCGCAAUUGCGACAACUGCCAGGAAGAGGAUUCGCAGGAUUCGCAACCUGCGACGCUCAGUUCAGCGUGCGCCCUGCCGGCGUAUAGCAGUAUCGAUCAGCCGUCACACGCGCAGGACACCUCAGCUGCUGCUUCAGUGCGCAAAGACCAAUCACUGAACAGCACCAAUGGACAAGUCAACUACAGCAAUGAGCUGUCGCCAUACGAUCCUGCGUCAAGAACUAAUGUUGAGGAUCGGGAAGUCAUCUUCACGUCGUCCACAAACGGUGCAAAGAACAGUGGCCUACGCAGAUCUUCAAGUGCCUCCACAUCAGAAGACAACCCAGCUGGAAAGGACUCAGCGGAGGCGCUUGGUUCCCUUGUGUUGCUUGCUGCUCUAUCCUUGCAUUCACUAUUCGAGGGCCUUGCUCUCGGCCUGCAGAACGCGUCGGAUUCAGUCAUCGAGCUAUUCGUUGCCAUUCUGCUGCACAAAUGUGUGCUGGCAUUCGCUCUUGGCAUACGCAUGGUCAAGUUGAAGGCCAGCGCGAAAAGAAUCCUUCUGGCAGCACUGAUAUUUUCAGCCAUGAGCCCUGUCGGUGUGGCAAUUGGCAUCGCCGUUGAGGCCCAUGCAACCAAUGAAGUUGACCGCCAGCUUGUUACAGCGUGCCUGCAAGGAAUUGCCACCGGAACGUUCCUCUUCGUGGUGUUCCUGGAAAUCAUUUCCCCCGAGAUUCAAGGACAGCGCUCGCCGGGUGAGUCACAUAUCCAUGUGAUGCGCUUGGCACUGAUUGUGUUCGGCUUCGCCAUCAUCGCUCUGGUUAGUUUGCAGCACGAGCCUCACCAUGGCGACGAUGCGGAUUGUGGUCAUGGCCACGGUCACAACCUUAACCAUACUGGCCAUAUGGAAAAUGGAACGAUGGCACCGCUAACAACGGUGCACUGAGAAUGAUUUGUCACAGAAAUCUGCACUUUCUCCCCUGUCGCCACUAGGUCAUUUUCGAAUUCCUACUUUCAUCUGAUGCAUGCGCACGUGUGUACGACUAUAAUGUAAUAAUUAUGGGGAAAGUAGUUUGCUUUGUCACCAUAGUUGUACUUGUGCAUGUUUUUUUUGUUGACUGGAUGGACUACAUGUACAUGUACAUGUGCGUAAGUCUUGCAGCACACCUAGCUAGCUCUCUAUUUUCAUUUCUUUCGUUGCACGACCAGGCAUACAUGUGCUUCGAAGUGUGUUCCUAAGGAUGUUUC